AUGCUAGCCCCCGGACCCGCCGGCACAAGCAUGAUCGGCGAAAGCAACAUCCAAGCCGCCGCCCGCCGAGGCCUUGAAAAGCAGCGCCGUCGCGAGAUAGAACUCCAGACAGAUAGACAAGGUGAUACAAGCGAAGAGGAUGUCCAGUCUGAAGCGAUGACGUUAGCUCAGCAGAAGGCGGAGGCAUGGGAGGGUGGGAUAGGCCAUGGUGGUGAAUCUGGGCAGAGAGGUUCUAGGGAUGAUGGGUUAGGAUUACGAGGACAGCAGGAUCAUGGAGGAGCGAGUUCGAAAGUGUCCGGGAAAGGUGGAGGGAGGAUUCGGUCUGUUUGGGGGCGGAUACAGAAGCGGCUGCGGGGGUGA